GAACGAACCACCUAACGCUUCUUCUCUGAUUGACGACCUAAUAAGUAUCAAUCUUUUAGGGAUCUUUGACCGAGAGACUGUGACUACUUGCCUGUAUCUGGUCAGAAUAGAUUGGGUUUCGUCCUUUCAUGAGAUACGGCAGCAACAGUGAUCGGCGGUCCUUGCCAAGACAGAUCUGCCAACGACGUCAUUCCGUCAUUGCCUCAGCCCAGCAAACAAACCAUCAUCAGGACAACUCUUACCACCUAACCUGAAUCCACACUUAAUCGUCAUUUCUGCCCACAUACAAGUUCCAGAGAUGGAUUCUUUUGCUACUCUCAAGCGUCGAACAACCGACCUCUUCAACUCCAUACCUCAGUCGCUCCCCUCUGUAUCGUCGAUCAAGUCGCAAUACACAAGCACCAUGAAGGGAACCUGGGAGCGCAUCUCUGUUCCCCCACUACCGCGGUCCUCCCACUCUCUUGAUAUUGUAGCCGGCACCGCAUAUAUCUUCGGCGGCGAAGGCACCCAGCGCCAACCCACCGACAAUGACAUGCACGCCGUGACUCUGCCCUUCAGCAGUGCCCCGGCCGACUACUAUGCCAUCAAAGCUAAGGCUUCAACCCCAGAGCCGAAGCCCACUGUCGGAGAAGGAGAACCGACACCCGGGACUGCCGGGAACGACCUCGACGAUGUGCCCCUGGGCUCCACACCAGAGGCUGGCAUCGGCAAAGGCCCCACCAAGACGCCCACCCCAGGUGCCGUGCCGGCCCCGCGAGUCGGUCACGCCACUGCCGUGAUCGGCAACCGCAUCUUCCUCUUCGGCGGCCGCGGCGUCGCGGAAAAGGGACCGCUCGACGAGCGCGGGCGCGUCUGGGCCUUUGACACCAAGACCCAUCUCUGGUCCCACCUCGACCCGGCGCCGCCCGCCGACCCGAACAUCGUCCCCUCCGGCAACGAGGCGGGCGGACCGCGCCCGACCUAUCCCGCCCCGCGCAGCGGGCACGCGGCCGUCGCGACAGACAAGCCCUCCGACUUUGGCGGCGCCACCACCGGCCAGCGCCAAGGCGGCGGGAGCUGGAGGGAGUGGGCCAAGGGCGACUCGGACAAGGUGGGCACGCCGCAGCGGCCCAUCGUGGGCAACGUGGCCGCGCAGGCCACCGACGCCGACGCCGACGGCUUCGGCACCCUUAUCAUCCACGGCGGGUCCCUGGCCUCAGGCGCCCUCACAUCCGACACCUGGGCCUUCGACGUCCGGACGCGCAUCUGGAAGGAACUGCCCCCGGCCCCGGGCGGCCCCCGCCGCGGCUCGUCGCUGUGCAUCAGCAAGAGCCGCCUGUACCGCUUCGGGGGGCUCGGGCUCGGCCCUGCCGCCGCGAGCGGCCGCCUGGACGUGCUGGACCUCGCCGUCGAGACCAUGAACGACCAGCGCACGCCCGCCCGCGAGGUGGGGCUGUCCGCCCGCGGGCCGUGGCGCACGCUGGCGCGGGCUGACGGUGGAGACGACGGCGACGACGACGAUAAUGAUGAUGAUGGAGCAGGACAAUCUGGCCGGGGACAGGCGGCUGCGCCGCUUGCGCGGCCGGCGCCGGCUCCGCGGGGCGCGUGGCCCGGUCCUCGGGGCGGGGCGGCCCUCGAGGCGCUCAAUGUCGGCGGCGGGAGGGAGUACCUGCUUCUGGGGCUCGGGGAGCGCGAGAGCGAAGCCGGCGCCGCCGAGGAGGAGGAGCCCCGGGAAGGUGGGGGGCCCCGGUUCUGGGACGACGUGUGGGUGUUCCAGGCGCCGCCGCAAGGCAUGUCGGCGGCGAGCGUGCGCGACGCCUUGAUGCAGGCCGUGGGCCGCGGGAGCGGCGAGGGCGGGUGGACGAGGGUCGAGAUGGGGCCUUUCGACGACGAGGAUGAUGAUUCGGUUGGAGGCCCCGGGCCGAGGGGGUGGGUUGCUAGUGGGCAGAUGGGGGAGCUGGAGGAGGGCGCGAUUGUCGUCUGGGGCGGGGUGGAUGGUGCGGGGAGGAGGUUGGGAGAUGGGUGGAUUCUCCGGUUGGGCUGAAUAGAAGGGUUAAUGUAGUAUAAAAUGGAUCAUGCGGUUGGAUUUGCGAAAGAAUAACACGUGGGACCUUUGAUGAGAUAGUCACGAGAUAUGGAAGCCACAAGACUGGGUAACAACAGUCCAGUUUGUCUAGCACGUUCAGUUUUUUUGUCUUCUGUGUGACAGUACAAUUCUAUAUACAAUCCCCUCCA